AUGAGCCCAGAACUCUUUCAUUUCAACUCCAAACGUCUUGUCUACCGAGCUCCCGAGUUUAACGAAGCGGACAAGAGGUUCAUUCACAGCCAGAUCGUCAAUGAUCCCACCGUUCAAACAAUGAGCAGCGAACGCCUGAAACGGCCCGUGCCUGAAAAAGCCGCUGAAGAUUUUCUCAAGUUGAUUCAAGACUCAUUGUUGGGGGUGAUAAUCUGCCUGCCUGCUUCCGACAAGGAUUCAAACCCUGUGCCUAUCGGCCACUUGAACGUCUUCCGCACUUCCCCUUCUCACACCGAUCAUCACCGCUGCGCUUCCCUCGGGAUUUCGCUUGCGCCUGAAUAUAGGGGUCAAGGGUACGGCGGAGAGGCCAUUAAUUGGGCUCUGGAUUGGGCAUUUCAGCACGCAGGCCUGCACCGGGUUAAUCUACAGGCCUUUUCGUACAACCAAAAUGCGCUGAAGCUGUACAGGAAGCUGGGAUUCGUGGAGGAGGGAAGAGAGCGCGAAUGUAUUUAUCAGUAUCGAGCAUGGCAUGACAUUGUUUCAUUUUCGAUGUUGGAACACGAGUGGGAGUUGCUGAGAAACUCAAAUCAAUGA